AUGAGACCCCACGCCAUCUGGAGGGAUCAGAUCCCCAACAGAGAGAAAUACGGCAAUGUUGUCUGGUCUAUAGCAUACAGGCCUGAUGGACAGCAGUUGGUGGUAGCUGUGGGCAACCGAGUGCUUCUCUACGACGCCAACGAUGGCGAUCUGGUCCACAGUUUGAAAGGUCAUCGAGAUAGUGUGUACUGCGUAACUUACUCGAAACAAGGGAAGAGGUUCGCAUCCGGUGGAGCCGACCAUCAAGUCAUCAUCUGGACUAGCAAAGGCGAGGGAAUUUUAAAAUAUAGUCAUAGCGACUCGAUCCAAUUCCUGGCCUACAACCCCGUGCCUGCUAGAGUUCUCUGCAUAUCGUGGACAACGGAUGGACUGCAUUUGGCGCUCGGCUUGUUCAAUGGGCACGUAUCCAUUCGCGACAAGUUUUGCGCGGAGAAGAGCAAAAUAAUUAGAUCUGAACCCGUAUGGUGCUUAGCGUGGAACCCCAGUCCCUCGAGAUCUGAAUCCACCGAAAUCCUCACGGUCGGCUGCUGGGACCAGACGUUAUCCUUUUAUAAGCUUUCUGGUCAAGAAGCUGGACCACAACAUAAGCUAGGCUACGACCCUUGCUCGAUCUCCUUCUUCUCAUCUGGAGAAUACUUCGCUCUGGGCGGCUUUGAUGGGCGCGUCCAGCUAUGGACCAGAGAUGGGAUUUUACUCGAAGACAUCGUUCAAAUGGACAGCCCUGUCUGGAGCUUAGCCGUCCAUGGACUUCACAAAGAUCGUUACGCUUACCGAGAUAAAAUGACCGACGUUGUCUUGCAACACUUAGUGUCUGAUGAGAAAGUUCGUAUCCGGUGUAAAGAUCAUGUGAAGAAGAUAGCCGUUUACCGUAAUCGACUAGUUGUUCAACUCCCUCAAAAGGUAUUAGUAUAUGAAGUACCCGGUGACGACCCGCUUGAUAUGCGAUACCAGCCAGUGGACAAGGUCCGUAUCACCUUGGACUGCUCGUUGCUGGUGGCCACUGCCCAGCAUUUCAUCCUUUGUCACGAGAAACAACUACAACUAUAUUCGAGUGCUGGUGUUAUGGAACGCGAAUGGCGUCUAGAUAGUCUCAUACGAUACAUCAAGGUCUUCGGAGGAGUGCCUGGGAGUGAGGGCAUCCUGGCAGGACUCAAGAACGGUCAUAUUGUCAAGAUCUUCAUCAACAGCGCCUUUCCGAUAACGGUUAUAAAGCAGACGAGUCCCGUGAGGUGCCUCGACUUCUCAUGCGAUCGGAAAAAGCUCGCUAUCGUUAAUGAGAGCGCUACGUUAAUGGUCUACGACUUGGAAACACAGAAGCUGUUAUACCAGGAAGCAGGAGCCAGCUCGGUAGCAUGGAACCAGGAGUUCCCCGAUAUGGUCGCAUACUCCGGAAACGACACGCUCUGCAUCAAGACUGGCAGCUUUCCUCCUCACCCUCAGAAGCUGCAUGGAUUUGUUGUCGGUUUCAAAGGCAGUAAAAUUUUCUGUCUAAAAUCCGCAUCCAUGGAAACUGUCGAGAUCCCUCAGGGGCCCUCGCUUUACAGGUAUUUAUCCGUUGGUAACUUUUCCGCGGCAUACGAAGUUGCCUGUCUCGGUGUGACCGACGGUGACUGGCGACAGCUGGCUUUGUACGCUCUCAAGGAAAUGGUCUUCGAUGUGGCCCGCAGAGCUUUCAUUAGAAUACGCGAUGUAUGGUACUUAGAGGAGUUCUCCAAGAGGAAUUGGAGCAAGGAAGAUCGUGCUUUGGUGGCGGCCUAUGUUCUGGCCUAUGAAGGCCGCUUCCAUGAAGCUGCUGUACACUUUGGUCAAGCGAAGGAAUACGGUCUGGCAACGGAAAUGUUCACUGAUCUCAGGAGGUGGGAUGAUGCCAAGAAAUGGGCUGAUAUUCACGAGAAGGCUGUCCAGAAUGGCGAGAUUGACAUACCAAGCAAAGAGCAGCUAUCAGCCUCUGAGAACAAGGAAGACAACGCCAACUUGGUUCCAGAUGGAAACACUCCUGGACAAAUUCCCAAGCGAGGGCCUUCUACUACAACGGGUUUGAUGCUAAAGCAAGCUGAGUCAAGUGAAGAAGAUGGUGAUUUACGUGCUGCGGCCGAUAUGUACCUCCAAGUUGGGCAGAAGGAGCGUGCGGCGGCCCUCUACACUCAAAUAGGGGCUCUCGAGCCCCUCAUUGAGAUUGUCCGUUCCUGUGACCGACAGAAUGACCAAGACGAGGGGAUCAUGCUGGACGCUGCGGCCUGCUUCAUAAAACAUGAUCAUUACAUGUUUGCGAAGGAAGCACUAACGAGAGCGGAAGACUUUGAGAACCUCAUUAGUCUGCAUGUGAAGAAGAGCAGGUGGGAGGAAGCGUUCCAGCUGGCUCGAUCACAUCCCGAGCUGGCCGAAGAGAUCUACCUACCUUGGGGCAACUGGUUGAUCAGCAACGACAGAUACGAAGAAGCCUAUGAAGCAUUUGAGAAGGCUGGUCGCUCUGACCUAAGUUCUGACAUGCUGCGUCAGCUGACCAACCUCUCGGCUGAGCAAAAGCUCUUCAAGCAAGCUGGCAUGUACAGUUAA